CAACUGUGCUGACUAUGGGAGUCCACGGACUUCACAGCUACAUCGAGAGCAACAGUGAUUUUCUGACGACAUGCUGCUUUCGAGAAAGAAAACUCAUCAUCGAUGGAUCCAAUUUGUACUACUGUCUUUACUUCAAGUCUCACUUGGAUCAAGCACACGGUGGAGAUUACGAUGGCUUUGAGAAGAUAGUCACACAGUUUUUCAGAAAUCUCAGAAUUUGCCAUAUUGAGCCGUAUGUGGUGCUCGAUGGAGGGACUGAUAUCAGUGACAAAAAAUUUCACACCCUGAAGACAAGAUGCCAAGAAAGAAUCAGAAGUGCGAACACCUUGUCCAGGGGACGCUCAGGACAGAUUUUACCCAUUCUCAUCAAAAACGUGUUCAAACAGAUCCUCCAGAAACUCAGAAUUCCCUUUAUUCAGUGCCUGGCAGAGGCGGAUUGGGAAGCAGCCGCAUUGGCCAGCGAGUGGAACUGCCCUGUUCUGUCCAACGACAGCGAUUUCUACAUCUUCAACAUCAAGAGUGGAUUUUUGCCCAUCACUCAUUUCCAGUGGAGGAAAGUGAGUCUGCUGAAACGCAGUGCAAAAAAAUUCAUCCCUGCCAAAUCAUACCGCGUUCUAAAUCUCUGUGCUGCUUUUAACCGCAUGAAUAAGUAUAAUCUUCCACUUUUUGCCGUCAUCCUGGGCAACGACUACACCAACCUGGACAAGAGUGCAUUUCCAAACUUCUCAACGUUCUCAACUAGACCUGGAGGAGCUGCCAAGAUCGAUGGUUUACUCAUGUGGUUAUCACGUUUCCCCAAUCCUAAAGAAGCCAUCGCUGCUCUCCUCAGCCCCCUGGGGAAGAACAGGAAAUCAGCCAGCCUUCGAAAAGCAAUAUAUCAGGGGAUGGAAGAGUACAGACUCAAUCCCAGCUCCAUCGCCCAGUUCUUCAUAAGUGGAGAACCUCAGACUAGGCCUCUGGGCCUUUUACAGAACCUGCCGGACUGGACUCUGAAACCUGUGGCAGAAGGCAACCUGACCUCCUUCAUCAUUGACAUCCUGACACUGCAGAGGGUCAUGCUGAACUUCCAGGUGGAGGAUUAUGGGCUGAGCAGCAGCAACGAGACGUCUCAGCUGAUCCGACAGGUGAUGUACGGCGUACUGCUGUGUACCAGGUGGCAGAAAGUUGGUGAACGCGGCACGUCUUCUGGAGAGAAACAGCAAUACAACGUGGAGGAAUACGAUAGGCAGGGAAUGACACUGACCAGCUCCAUGGUUCCAGCUGUUCUACCCAGAUGUGUAGCACCACACCUUCACCUGGACUCACUGUGGGAGGCACCUGAGAAGCUCCGCCUGCAGGUCCUGUUGGAUGCUCUGUGUGUGUCUCCGGUGUUUAAUUCACUCGUCAUCCCUGCAAAUCUGCAACUAGCCGUGUACGUCACAGCUUUCUGGCUAAAUCACGCGCAACCCGAGCCAAAAGCGGAAAUGUUCUGGGCUUUACUCAUCGGCCUGGUCUACGGACAUCUGUGCAAAGAACAUCAGACUGCGAUAGGUAAAGAUCAGACUGCAAUAACGGAUGUAAAGAUCAGAAUCAAGGCAGGCACGGUGAUUUUGAGGCUUAAGAACCUGCAGGAUCGUAACAGUGGGAAGACCAUGGACCUGGAGUUGGCUCACGCUUACUCUCAGUGGCAGUGCUGUUUGAAUAACAGCUUCAAUCUGAACCAGCUGCUGAAUCAUCCAGUGCCGGAACCCGAGUUAGCAUGGUUGUACAGCGGCUCUCUGGUGCACGCCAUCGCUCACGAGCUGAUGAGGGGCAUCGAACCUGAGACUCUUCUCACUGGAGCCUCGUUAGCCGUGGAGCUUUACCAAAAUCUCCAGGCCGCAGUGGAGCACGAGCUGGACAACGACUUCAUUGUGAGGAUGAGGACGAGGGCAGGGCCGAGGGAGCGCAGAGCGUGCAGCGAUCCAGCAGACGAACUGAGCAAAAUGUUCAAGCACCUGAUGGAUGAUGAAGAGGAUGAUGAUGACGGGGACAAGGUCUACGAGGAAACCUGCAACAUGCGUAUAAGACAUGUAAGCCGAGCUCACACAGAGGAUCCAAGAGCCAAGAAGUACGAACUUGUGAAGUGGUGUUAG